CCGAUGGUGUCCUGGGGCUGGCCGAGCUCUCCUGAGUCGACUCCCGCUCACCAUCUGCUUUUCUGGAUCCAGCUCCUCCAGUCCUUUGGGAUCUGACAGAUCUGCUCUUAGAUCAUCAAACCUGACCGUUGGAUUAGGAGGAAGCGGGACUCGCCCACAAACAACAGAGCUGGAGGAGGAGAUUGAGAACUGAGAGGAGGAGCAACUGAGAGUGUUGUGCAGCUCUGGGCAAGAAGGAGAAGGCUUGCUCUUGGUGAGCUGCCCGGACGGAGCCAAAUCUUGCAGGAAAGGGCGCGAUGGAGUUGGUCGGAGAGGUCCUGAUGGGCCUGAGGCUGACCCUGCUAGGUUUGGGGCUGCUGGUGGGCCUCUAUACCGUGGUCUACCGGACGUGCAUCAAGGGGAAGGAGUGCGGGAACAAGACCAGCCUGCGGGGCAAGACGGUCCUCCUCACCGGUGGGAACAGUGGGAUCGGGAAGGCUACAGCGCUGGACCUGGCCCGCAGAGGAGCCAGGGUCAUCGUGGCAAGCCGAAACAGGAAGCUGGGGGAAUCUGCCGCCUGCGAGAUCCGGAAGGAAAGCGGGAACAACGAGGUGCUCUACAUGAGCCUGGACUUGGGCAGCCUGCGUUCCGUCCGAGCUUUUGCGGAGGACUUCUUGCAGUCGGAGGCCCGCCUGGACAUCCUCAUUAACAACGCAGCUGUGAUCUGCGAAGGCGAAUCCGAGGACGGCUUCAACGUGACCUUCCAGGUGAACCACUUGGGCCACUUCCUCCUGACCCACCUCCUCUUGGACCGCGUCAAGCAGUGCUCCCCCAGCCGCGUGGUCAUCGUUUCCUCCGACGUCCAUCGCAAAGGGACCGUCGACUUCCAGAAGAUUCACAAGCCGGUGGAGGGCUACCUGAAGGCCUUCCAGUCUUACUGCAACAGCAAGCUGGCCAACGUCCUGCACGUCCGAGAGCUGGCCAGGAGGCUCCAAGGGACCAACGUGACCUUUUACGCCGUUCACCCAGGGGCUGUCCACACCAACGCCUUGCGCUAUUCCCCUCUCUGGGUGCAGUACCCCUACCUAGUCUUCACCUGGCUCUUCUUCAGAGAUGCCCACAACGGGGCCCAGACCUCCAUCUACUGUGCCACGGAGGAAGGUCUCGAGCCGCUCAGCGGGAGCUAUUUUGACAACUGCCGGCGAGACGACACCUGUCCUCUUGGGCGGGACGAUGCUUUGGCCACGAAGCUCUGGGAAUUCAGCGAGAGGCUGCUGGGACUCCCCCCUUAGUCAUGUGCAUCCCGGCCAACACAUGAACGAGUCUCCCAGAUUUGUACUCAUCAUAAAAAUACAAUAUUGGUUCAUCUUUCAAAGAUCUUUACACUAAGUAAUAAAAAUUGAUGUGUUA